GUUCCACGUCAGUGUCCAGUGCAGUGUUCACUGUCUGGAAGUGUAACAUUUAGACUCCGCAACACAUCUAAUAGCGACAGUACAGGAUCAAAACAUGCCUCUGAGGCUGGACAUCAAGCGGAGGCUGACAGCCAGGUCAGACCGAGUGAAGAGUGUGGACCUUCACCCGACUGAGCCAUGGAUGUUGGCCAGUCUGUAUAACGGCAGCGUCUGUGUGUGGAACCACGAAUCACAGACUCUUGUCAAGACUUUUGAAGUGUGCGACCUCCCUGUCAGAGCAUCCAAAUUUGUGGCAAGGAAGAACUGGGUCAUCACUGGAGCGGAUGACAUGCAAAUCCGUGUAUUCAACUACAACACUUUGGAACGGGUCCACAUGUUUGAGGCCCACUCUGACUAUAUCCGAUGUAUCGCUGUCCAUCCUACCCAGCCCUACAUCCUCACCAGCAGUGAUGACAUGUUGAUCAAGCUAUGGGACUGGGAGAAGAAGUGGUCAUGCAGCCAAGUGUUUGAGGGUCACACUCACUACGUUAUGCAGAUUGUCAUUAACCCCAAGGAUAAUAACCAGUUUGCCAGUGCAGCCUUGGACCGGACAAUUAAGGUUUGGCAGCUUGGCUCCUCGUCUCCCAAUUUCACUUUGGAGGGCCAUGAGAAAGGAGUCAACUGUAUUGAUUACUACAGUGGAGGUGACAAGCCCUACCUUAUCUCAGGAGCCGAUGAUCGCCAAGUCAAGAUCUGGGACUACCAGAACAAGACCUGUGUUCAAACAUUGGAGGGUCAUGCCCAGAAUGUCUCCUGUGUCAGCUUCCACCCAGAGCUGCCGAUUAUCAUCACUGGAUCAGAGGAUGGUACCGUGCGAAUCUGGCACUCGAGCACUUACCGCCUGGAGAGUACACUGAACUAUGGCAUGGAGAGAGUGUGGUGUGUGUGUGGCCUUAGGGGCUCCAACAAUGUGGCACUGGGCUAUGAUGAAGGCAGCAUCAUUAUCAAGGUGGGUCGUGAGGAGCCAGCCAUGUCUAUGGACGCUAAUGGUAAAAUCAUCUGGGCCAAACACAGUGAAAUACAGCAGGCAAACCUGAAGGCCAUGGGUGAUGCUGAAAUUAAGGAUGGAGAAAGACUUCCACUCGCUGUCAAAGACAUGGGCAGCUGUGAGAUUUACCCUCAAACCAUCCAACAUAACCCCAAUGGAAGGUUUGUUGUGGUGUGUGGAGAUGGGGAGUAUAUCAUCUACACCGCCAUGGCUUUGAGGAACAAGAGCUUUGGUUCAGCGCAAGAGUUUGCCUGGGCUCAUGACUCCUCUGAAUAUGCCAUCAGAGAAAGCAACAGUCUUGUCAAAAUCUUCAAAAACUUCAAAGAAAAGAAAUCUUUUAAGCCUGACUUUGGAGCGGAAGGGAUCUAUGGAGGCUUCUUGCUCGGGGUGAAAUCAGUGAAUGGCCUGGCAUUUUACGACUGGGAGAACACAGAGCUGAUCCGUCGCAUUGAGAUCCAACCCAAACAUAUUUUCUGGUCAGACUCUGGUGAACUGGUCUGCAUUGCUACCGAUGAGUCCUUCUUCAUUCUGCGUUACCUGGCAGAUAAAGUUGCUUCUUCCCAUGAGAACAACGAAGGGGUUACAGAGGAUGGCAUUGAAGAUGCCUUUGAGGUCCAGGGUGAGAUCCAGGAGAUUGUGAAGACUGGACUCUGGGUAGGAGACUGCUUCAUCUACACCAGCUCUGUGAAUAGACUAAACUACUAUGUUGGAGGAGAAAUUGUCACUAUUGCUCACCUGGACCGAACCAUGUACUUACUGGGCUACAUACCCAAAGAUGACCGUCUGUACCUAGGAGACAAGGAACUCAACAUUGUCAGUUACUCGCUGCUGGUCUCAGUCCUCGAAUACCAGACUGCUGUUAUGAGAAGGGAUUUUGGAAUGGCUGACAAGGUCUUGCCCACAAUUCCUAAAGAGCAGCGAACCAGGGUGGCCCACUUCCUGGAGAAACAGGGUUUCAAGCAGCAGGCUCUUGCUGUGUCCACGGACCCUGAGCACAGGUUUGAGCUGGCUUUGCAGCUGGGAGAACUGAAGAUUGCCAACCAGCUGGCUGUGGAGGCAGAGUCGGAGCAGAAAUGGAAGCAGCUGGCAGAGUUGGCUAUCAGCAAGUGCCAAUUUAGUCUGGCCCAGGAGUGCCUGCACCAUGCCCAGGAUUAUGGUGGUCUUCUUCUCCUUGCUACAGCCUCCGGUAAUGCCACUAUGGUGGGCAAGCUGGCUGAGGGCGCAGAGAGGGAUGGAAAGAACAAUGUGGCCUUCAUGACCUACUUCCUCCAGGGGAAACUGGAUCAGUGUUUGGAGCUUUUGAUUAGGACUAACCGACUACCUGAGGCUGCCUUCCUGGCUCGUACAUAUCUGCCAAGCCAGGUGUCCCGUGUGGUCAAAUUGUGGAGGGAGAACCUUGCUAAAGUCAACCAGAAGGCAGCUGAAUCCUUGGCAGAUCCUACAGAGUAUGAGAAUCUGUUCCCAGGACUGAAAGAAGCAUUUUCAGCUGAAUAUUAUCUGAGGGAGACAUGCGUGGGCACCACAAGGCCUGCCACAGAUUAUCCUCUUAUCACACCCAAUGAAGACAGGAAUAUCCUUGAGGAAGCCCAAGGAUAUGAGCCCAAAGGAACCUUCUGUCCUCCAAAGACACAGGAUCCCGAGAAAGAGUCCACUGAAGCAGAAGCUCCUAUUGUUGCUGCAGCACCAGCAUCAACUGUGACACCUUUAGAACCUGAACCAGAACCUGAACCAGAACCUGAACCCGAACCUGCUGCUGCCUCAGCAGUUGAGGAAGAACAACAGGAAAUCCCUGAAUUUUCAUUAAAUGACAAGUGUCUGGACGAGCUGGAAGUGGACUUGGACAACAUGGAGCUGGACGACAUCGACACCACAGAUGUUAACCUUGACGAUGAUUUCCUAGAUGAUUAAAACCUGCUUUCAUUCUGCUUCCAGCACUCUUUGGAGCUUAUUUAAAAAAGAGAAAGAGACCAAACCCCUUUCCACAUUUUUUGUAUUUCUAUGUAAAAAUGUUAUACUGCAGUGACAGAAUUUAAGUCGAAGACAAGGAGGAUAUCAGUAAUGUUUUAUUCUUGGAAGAAAAGAGGAUGGAGAAACCUGUCUAUGUUCCACUCUCCAUUUUGUACACCCUUUAUUGAUUUAGAAAGUUUCACUGACUGUUUGAGUGAUGUUAAAUGUACUCUUUGCUAUAUGUUGACCUGUUAUGGCAAGUCAAACGUCAUUCAGUCCAAUAAACUUCAUUUACUGUACAUAUUCAAA